AUCUUAAGAAGUAUCAGAUAUUUUUAGUAUAUUAAGCAUAAAAAUAGAGCGCUUUAAGUAGGCUGCAUUAUGGAAGUGUACUUAGUUUUUUUAACCUGUGUUUUGAAGACGCUUGUCCGCUGCUGGACCGUGUUUUUGCGGUUGAUCGCGAGCUCCGCAGCGCCCCCCUGCAGCUCGAAAACUUUCCCGUCUCGAAGUGAUUUCCUCCCCUGUUUUUACUUCCUGUUUUCUAAGGGAGUCACUUAACUCAUAUCGUUUCUGUUCAUCGGGGUUUCGCUAUGCGUCUCUUCUUCUGCCGGUAGUUUUUUACCGAUCUUUCCGUAGGGAUCUCAUGACGGACUGGGACAUCCGCAUCUAUAUUCUGCUUUAGAUGGAGGUCGGAGGACUGAAGUCAGUCGUUUCUGCGGCUCUAAUGGAUUUUACGUAGACUUGUGUUUUGUUUUAAUGCCUUUUACUGCCUUCCUGCUCAUUUUAUUGCCAUUACUUUAACUCGGUUUCCUCCUCCACGGAGUGUCCAGCCCCUUUAACUCCAGCAACAAUGUAUUAACUCGAUCUGUCGCUCAUCUCUCUUCCGCCGAGCUCCACUCCGAGGACCGCAGCUCGCGACCGCCGCUUUUAAACUUAGACGCUGUUAUCGUGUGUUUAAUCGCCGAACUUCGCGAUGGCCGAGCUGCAGCGGCCGACGCUGUGCUGCUGUCGGAAAGUGCUGUCCGUGGCCGGUAAUAAGUCCUGCGAGGGCGGCCGGAGUCUGGCGCACUGUCGCCUGGUGGACGUCGCGUCGGCGUCCAACUUCCACAGCUUUAAACUCCGACAUUUCCACCUGGACCUCCACCUGAACUUCGCCAUCAAGAGGAUGACGGGAUGGCAGGUUCUGGAGCUCACGCCCGUCCAGCCCGGCGUCCAGUCGCUCAUUCUGGACACGCACCCUUCAUUAUUAAUUCAUUCCGUGGACUGCAAGGUGCCCGGCGCGUCCGGUGCUCCCGACGUGUUUUUGUCGCUCACCUACCGAAUAGAACCAUUCACCGAUUACGGCUCGUCUCUGAACAUCAGCCUCCCGGCCGCGGUGAUCCGGCCGCACCGGGCUUUCCGUGUCACCAUCCGCUACACUUCCACAGACGGCCCUGCGAUUUGGUGGCUGGAUGCCGAGCUGACAUGCGGACAAACGCGUCCGUUGGUCUUCACUCAGGGUCACUCAGUCUGCAACCGCUCAUUUUUUCCCUGUUUUGACACCCCAGCCGUCAAAAGCACCUACUCUGCCACUGUUAGGGUACCAGAGGGUGUCACAGUGUUGAUGAGUGCCUCAAGAAGUGCGUACUCUAAACAGGACAGGGUUUUCCAGUUCUCCAUGGAGUACCCUGUCCCAGCCUACUUGGUUGCUCUGGUGGCAGGAGACCUACAGCAUGCAGACAUUGGGCCCAGGAGUCGUGUGUGGGCAGAGCCAUGCAUCCUGAUGUGUGCGGUCAGUAAACUGGGUGGCAGUGUGGAACGCUGGCUUAAUGUGGCAGAGGGCCUUUUUGGGCCUUAUGUAUGGGGAAGGUACGACAUAGUGUUCCUCCCUCCUUCAUUCCCCAUCGUUGCCAUGGAGAAUCCCUGUCUUACUUUCAUCAUUUCCUCUAUACUGGAGAGUCAAGAGUUUCUGCUGAUCGACGUCAUCCAUGAGAUCGCUCACGGCUGGUUUGGCAAUGCGGUCACCAAUGCUACCUGGGAAGAGAUGUGGCUCAGUGAGGGUCUGGCCACUUAUGCUCAGAGGCGCAUUACCACAGAGGCCUAUGGAGAAGCCUUCACUUGUCUUGAGACUGUGUUCCGUCUAGAUGCUCUUCACAGACAGAUGCGUCUUCUUGGAGACAACAAUCCUGUCAGUAAGCUGCAGGCCAAAUUUGAGCCAGGUAUAAACCCCAGCAGUCUUAUGAAUCUGUUCACCUAUGAGAAAGGCUUCUGCUUUGUAUCUUACCUCUCACAGCUGUGCGGUGAUAUCAAGAGAUUUGAUAGCUUCCUUAAGGCCUACAUUGAGAAGUUCAGAUUCAGCAGCGUGGUCGCUCAGGAUCUGUUGGACUUUUUCCUUGGCUUCUUCCCUGAGCUGAAGGAGAGCUGUGUUGCUCAACGAGAGGGUCUGGAAUUUGAGCGAUGGCUAAAUGGCUGUGGUCCUCCGUUAUGUGAACCAGAUCUCUCGGCGGGUAGAGCUCUCACAGGCCCUGUUCAGCACCUGUGUGAUCUUUGGGGAGUGGAUGCACCUGACCCACAAGUGAUCUCUACAUUUGACCUCUCCUCCUGGAGCACCUUUCAGACCGUCCUCUUCCUGGACCGACUUCUAGACCGCUCACCUCUGCCUCAAGAGGUGAUGAGUUUUUUGUCAAGCUGCUACUCUGCGUUGUUGGACGGCAUGAACGCUGAAGUCCAGAUUCGAUGGCUGCAGAUUGUAGUGCGGAACAGCUUUUAUCCUGACCUGCCCCGAGUUCGCAGCUUCUUGAAUAAACAUACCUCACGGAUGUACACCGUGCCCCUUUACGAGGAUCUGUGCGGAGGGGUGAUGAAGUGUUUUGCUGUGGAGGUAUUUUAUCAAACUCAGGCCCGUUUGCACCCAAAUCUACGCAGGACACUUCAGCAGAUACUGUUCCAGAGCAGCGCCCUCAACACCAGCACAGCUCCUUCUCUAUUCACAUCCCCCCCCUCUGCCCCUUCGUCGCCCACAGACCCCCCUGCCAACGGGACCAUCGCCCUGCGAGACGUCAAUGUGUCCGCUUGAGUUCAAAACUUCUGUGGAGAAGCAGAAGGUUUGAGGUGAAAAGUCAGAUGGGCAGGAACAGGGCAGGAAUUGAACUCCUUGGCUCAGACUGGACCAUAGCAAUGCAUUAUGGGAGGCCAGCGCUGAUGAGUGUACACUCUCACCGACACUGGGAUGUCUGUUUAUAAAGGCAGACACUGAUUUUCAUAAGCUAAACAUAUAAAGCUGCUCAGGGCUGUGGAACAAAGUGGAGGACAAAUUUGCGAUGGUUAUUAUGCCAUCACCUGUGUGUGUGUGUGUGUGUGUGUGUGUGUGCGCGUGCACAUAUGGAUAGGGGUAUGUCAGUAUCAAGGAUACUGGUUGCCAUCUGUUAGCCAUUGCCUUUUUGAGUGUGUGGAUGUGUCUUUAUUUUUGUGGGUGUUUUGCAUAUGUUCCUCCUGCCUAUGCACAUCAUCUCAUGUUGUGUGUGUGCUCUCAUCUGUUCUCUGAGAAAUCAGUGGGAGGCCUUAACAAGAUGUCAGAGACUUUCCUUUUGCUAGCCACGCAGAGGUGUUCUGAGGAGGACCAAUCCCUGACUAAUCGCCUUCCGGGACAGCGUUUGAAAACUGACGUGAAUGCACACAGUCUGUACUCAUUGUGCAAAUCUGAUCAUGGCCUAAUGAAGAUCCUGCAGAACCAACACACUCUCAGCUUUUCUGUGAUGAAUAGAUUGCUUCCUAUUCGUUUGAACUGGGUUCUGUCUUUCUCAAGCUUCUCUUUCCUGGUGCUAACCACUCAACAUUAAGUCUCAGGUAUAUCAAGACAGAAAUAUCAAGACAGAAGAAGUGGAGCUAUGUUAGUGCCUUUCAAACCUUUCAACACUGGGUGUUUUCAACACUUCUGUUCAAAUGAACAGCCUGAAUUUGUUAUUUCAGCCAUACUGGGGGACACUGGUUAAAUUUUGUCAAACAUUGUGUGAAAGGUUGUUUUCAGGAAUUGAGAUGCUGUGAAUUUUUUUUUUUUUUUUUUUGGAAAACAAUGCCUUUUUCACUCCAUUUUUUAUUUUAUAAUAGGCAAAUGUCCCUUAAAUUAUCAUAUAUUGAAGAAAAUGGAGUAAAUUAUGAUUUGUGAGAAUGCAGUGAGCGUUGGGUGUUCAGGGUGAGGUUAUAUUGGUGGAUGGGUCCAAGCUGAUCAUCAGUGGCCUUGACUUCAAGCACAGUGGAAGACCAGUUCAGUUUUACAGGUAAUAAAGACAACAGAGAGCACUUAAUGUGUUGUGUCUGAGGAUCCAACCCUGGAUUUUACUUUCUUGCAUAUGUGGCAGACACUCAUCAGCAAGUUUCUCUAACUUGUAGAAUCAUAGUUUUGUUGAUUGUAGGCUUUAACACUGCACAGCCAACAAUAAAAGGGGUUGUUUUCCACCCUCA